ACUAAAAAAUUGGGGAAAAAAAAUCAACAUAUUAUAGAUAACUGAGUAAAUAGGCUGUAAGCAGACAACGAAGACAUCCAUAAGGAGAUUUAAGCUUGAUUUUGUCGAUAGUCUUCUAGUUUCUAAUAAUUACCAAGAUACUUAAAGAAGCACUAGUUAGACCAAAACCAUUUACAGCCAAUAAUUUGUUGUUUCAAAAAAAAAAAAAAAAAAAACAGAACUGAAUGAGAUAUCAACAUGUGAAUAUGUGAUAUGCAAAUUAGUUGGUCCCAAAGUUAUUGCCGUAUCAGAUACGAAGGCGAAACUCAGAUUUUAGCAGAAGCAAUCUAGAUUCAUGACUACAUGUACUCUUUGUUUUGCGUGUCCAAGUUUUGUAUGGUUUCAUCGUUAAAUCUGAAGAAAGCUAGCUAUACUAUUAUGUUUUAGUAAAAUAUACAUACAAAUCUCAAGUUUCUUCGCAUUUUUAUCAAUCUUAUAUGCUGUGCAUUGUGCAAUGUUCUAUACAAUGACCAUGUAUAUUGUAUAAAAUUCUUGAUGUUAUAACUACUUCAAUGUAUUAAUUCUUUUAUUAACUUCGAAGACUUUUAGAUCAUGUUGAUAUAAACUUUAUAGCUUCAAAUAAAAAGUAAGAUGUCCCAAAAAGUGAAUCUACCGGUACGAGAUCUCAACAAACAACUAGAGAGCAUACAGACAAAAAGUACAAAAUAUUAAAUUUUUCUUGUAAAAAGGAUUAGUUAGCUAAGUAGAGCCACCGAUUUCCUCUUAUAGAAAAGAUCACAGCCGUCUAUUUUUCUGAACCCAACGUGUGAACAUAACAAAAACAUUAAAAAUAUAAAACCGCAGUGUUCGAUCUAAAUCAUAUAGAGAGGGACCAGAGGGACCAGAGGAACCAAAAAAAGAGUGGGAGUUUCAGUACCAAAAAAUCCUUAAACAAAAAGAGAUGAGGUUUUCUUCAUCAAGACCCGUUUCGAGUCCGGGUCGAACCGAAAACCCGCCUCUACUCAUGCGGUUCUUGCGGACCAAAAGCAGAAGCAGAACCCGUUCUCGUUCAAGAAGACCUAUCUUCUUCCGUCGGAAAAACGCUGCGGCUGCGGCGGAGACACAACAAGAACCAACUUCACCUAAAGUAACUUGCAUGGGUCAAGUAAGGAUAAACCGAUCAAAGAAACCCAAACCCGGAAGUGCUCGAGUCUCCGGAGGUGCAACGGAAAGCCGUCGCCGGAGUCGUCGGUGCGGGUGGGUGUGGGUCAAGAACGCUUUUUCCUGUCAGUCUUUCACCGGAAAAAUCAAACCGACAUGUUUUAGCCCUGUGUGGCGUAAAUGGAAAUCAUUUUCUCAUGCUAGUUUCUCGAGAAAAUCAGAGAAGAGAUCAAGCUCGUCUAGAAGUGAACCUAUCUUUGGCCGCUCCACAGUGGAGCCAGAGGAACCAGAAGAGACUCGAAAAGAAGAAAACCAAGAAGAAGAAGAAGAAGAAGAAGAAGAAGCAAGUUCAUGUAAAUCUUUCACAGCUACACCACCGAGAAACGCUUUUUUACUAACUCGAUGCAGAUCUGCACCGUAUAGAUCUCCUUCAUUAGCUAAUAGUUUCUUUGAAGAUCAAGAAGAGCUGAAGGAAGCUCCUUUCCGACGACACGCUUCGUCGGAAAAUGUAUCAGUUUCGGAAGAACCGAAGACGAGCGUUACAGAAACAACAGCAGCGGCGAGUGAAGAACCAAAACGGAGCGUUUUGGGAUCACCACGACAGUGUCUGGUACUCACGCGCUGUAACUCGGAGCCAGCGAGAAUCGGAGAGAAACUCGUCCCCGAUAUGGGUUAUCGACAGAACCCAAGGUUGGGAUUUACGUGAUGGGUUUACAUUUUCUUUUAAAAAAAUUUGUUUGUAUUUUUUCGAGAAAUUUACAUUGAAACGAAUUCUAUAUUCUUUGUUGAGUUUACUUCGGGAAGUUUCUCUGAAAUUUAGAGCUUUAAAACCUUUCUUUAUCGUAGAGAAUCUUGUGGUUCCCUGACCUGUAAUGUUUUUCAAUUGUCCUAUCUAUGACAUUGUAACUAAACAAACAAUUUUGUUCGUACACUUACACGCUCAAAAUAAAAUAAAAAAAAGUCUUUGAUAUA